UGUACCCUGCUGCAAUGUUGCCCCGGCUGGUCUGCAUCAGUGAUUAUGAAGAGCACGCCAGAUCAGUGCUUCAAAAGUCAGUAUAUGAUUAUUAUAAAUCUGGGGCAAACGAUCAGGAGACCUUGGCUGAUAAUAUUAGAGCAUUUUCUAGGUGGAAGCUGUAUCCACGGAUGCUCCGGAAUGUUGCUGAUAUCGACCUGUCGACUUCUGUUUUAGGACAGAGGGUCAGCAUGCCAAUAUGUGUCGGGGCGACGGCCAUGCAGUGCAUGGCUCAUGUGGAUGGGGAGCUGGCCACUGUCAGAGCCUGUCAGACCAUGGGAACAGGCAUGAUGCUGAGUUCCUGGGCCACCUCCUCAAUAGAAGAAGUGGCAGAGGCUGGCCCCGAGGCACUUCGUUGGAUGCAGCUAUACAUCUACAAAGACCGUGAGGUCAGCAGCCAGCUAGUGAAGCGAGCUGAGCAGAUGGGUUACAAGGCAAUAUUUGUGACUGUGGACACCCCUUACCUGGGCAACCGCUUCGAUGAUGUGCGUAACAGAUUCAAGCUGCCGCCACAACUCAGGAUGAAGAACUUUGAAACCAAUGAUUUGGCAUUUUCUCCUAAAAGGAAUUAUGGAGACAACAGUGGACUUGCUGAAUAUGUGGCACAAGCCAUAGACCCAUCUCUCAGCUGGGAUGACAUCAAAUGGCUCAGACGAUUGACAUCGCUGCCUAUUGUUGUAAAGGGCAUCUUGAGAGGCGACGAUGCUAGAGAAGCUGUGAAGCAUGGUGUGGACGGGAUCUUGGUGUCCAAUCACGGGGCGAGACAACUGGAUGGCGUGCCAGCUACUAUUGAUGCCCUGCCAGAAAUCGUCGAGGCUGUGGAUGGGAAGGUGGAAGUCUUCCUGGACGGAGGUGUAAGGAAGGGCACUGAUGUUCUCAAAGCUCUGGCCCUGGGAGCCAAGGCUGUGUUUGUGGGGAGACCCAUCAUAUGGGGCUUGGCUUUCCAGGGAGAAAAAGGUGUUCAGGAUGUCCUUGAGAUCCUGAAGGAAGAAUUCCGGCUGGCCAUGGGUCUCAGUGGGUGCCAGAAUGUGAAAGUCAUCGACAAGACAUUGGUGAGGAAAAAUCCUUUGGCCGUUUCCAAGAUCUGACAGUGCACAAUAUUUUCCCAUCUGUAUUAUUUUUUUUCCAGCAUGUAUUACUUGACAAAGAGACACUGUGCAGAGGGUGACCACAGACUGUAACUCUCCACUUCAAUACAAAGGGUGUCGUUCUUCUCCAACAAAACAGCGAUCCCUUUUCGUUCAUUGCUUUUGACUUUUCAAUGGGUGUCCUAGGAACCUUUUAGAAAGAAAUGGACUUGCAUCCUGGAAAUAUAUUAACUGUUAAAAAGAAAACAUUGAAAAUGUGUUUAGACAACGUCAUCCCCUGGCAGGCUUAAGUGCUGGGAAACAAAAGAUAUCCUCUGGUAAAAUUGGAGGUAGUGGGCUGAAGGAAAAGAUAAUGACCUCCCUGUUUAUUAACCUGUCUUAUGUUUAGAUUUCCUUAAGACAGUGCUUUUUACAGUAUGCGCUGGGCUGUGAAAUGCUGGAAAUGCCCAAAGAAACAUGACGCUUGGAUCUGCCGUGUUGAGAAAACAGCACUAGGUAGAAUUGAAAUGAAUGGUGGUAAUUUGUGAUUUUUCUAGAGACUUUUUGACUUUUAGCACCUAGGUCUCUGAAGGUGUAUUUCUAGCCAUGUAUUGAGUACCUGAAUAUAUCUGAAUGCUGUGUGGCAGUCACCCCGUUUGAAAAGGAUAUGUCUUGUCUACUUGGGCCAUCAUGAAAUAAUUUUCAUUUUUGAACUCUG